AUGCGCUCGCGCGACACCGCACCGAAAGCGGCCACCGCGCCUCCGUUUCGCUCGACCUGGGCUGGAUGCGCGACGAUGACCGCCGCCGGACGGCAGCGGCGGACCUCAAUCCCGUCGCGACAGCUGACCUAUUGGCAUUGCUUGACCAUUAUUGCGACCCAGCGCACCCGCCUGUACGCCGGAUUCGACGUCGCGCAGGCCAGCUUGGUAGGGGGGACCUCACCCACCAGCAGUAGCGACGACGCAGCGCAGCGAUUCCUCCAGGCGGGGAGUGCCGCUGAACGUGCCGAAGUGGUGGCAGGGGCGUUGCAAGAAAAGUUGGCAAGGGCCCUGGGAGUCGAGAUAGACGAAAUCGACGUUGGAAAAGGUUUGGCUGACUACGGUGUGGAUUCGCUGAUGGCAGUGGAAUUGAGGAACUGGAUACGAAGAGACUUUGGAGUGAGUGUGGCUGUGUUUGAGAUUAUGGAUGGGAAGGCUGUUAUUAGGGACAUUGGGGCAUCCGUAGAGGCUAAAGCAGAGCGUGUUGAUCAGUGUGCCCAAGCACACCCCAGUGUACCUACAUAG